CGGUUCACAAUUGUUCUGAAUUUUCACCAUAGGAAGACUUUGAUCUCAAAACUCCCAAACUCUCGCAAUGACUCUGACUCAAGCUGAAAAAGCUGCUGUGGUUGCUAUUUGGGGAAAAGUGGCUUCUCAGGCUGAUGCCAUUGGGGCAGAAUCACUGGAGAGGCUUUUUUCAAGCUUCCCCCAAACCAAAACCUAUUUUCCUCACUUUGACCUUAGCCAUGGUUCUGUGCAACUUCGUGGCCAUGGCUCCAAGGUCUUGGGUGCCAUUGGGGAGGCUGUCAAGAACAUUGAUGACAUCGGAGGUGCCUUGGCCAAGCUUAGUGAGCUGCAUGCCUACAUCCUCAGAGUUGACCCUGUAAACUUCAAGCUGCUUUCCCACUGCAUCCUGUGCUCAGUGGCUGCUCACUACCCCAAUGACUUUACCCCUGAAGUUCAUGCUGCAUGGGACAAGUUUCUGUCUCAGGUUUCCUCUGUUCUGACUGAGAAGUACAGAUAAACUGCCUCUUCAGAGUGAGAGAUGUGCUCCUGCAGUGGGCCAUCACAGCAGAACUUGGGAAUACACUACCUUUGCCUUGUGUACUUCAUGAAUUCAUAGACCUGGGUCCUGUCCUUAAAAAAAAAUCAAUAAAUACUCCAAAUGCA